CAUCUCCCCCAAGUUCUGAGCGCAGGACCGAUCGGGGGAAUCAAUUCGAACUCGUCGCUCUGUUUUUGUGCCGUUUUUCACCGACUGCGGCUCUGCAUGGGCCCACAUGAAGUCUCCGCGAGCCCGCUCCUCCAAAGCCUGCGGUCCGAGAUGAGGCUCCGCCCCUUGGCGCCGACGCUGAGCGCGCGGCCGCUGCAGCUGGACGGCGACGAAUCUGAACCGAGAUCGGGACCCAGACCCAGAUCGGCCUCCGAAUCGGCCCCGCGACUGCAGGAAUCACCCCAACAAUAUGAGGUGGCAGUUCCAGACCUGGAACAGUUUGAGGAUGUGCUGGACUUCAUCAAGGCUACCAUUAGAAGGACCCGUCGUUCUCCUGAGUGGGACAUAGACUCCCAGAGACUAAAACAGAGGCCCAAAGGAACAGCGAACCCAAACCGGGGGGGAGGAGUCAGGAAGGAAGGCAGGAGGGCACGGGGCCGACAGCGUGGCCGAGGAGCUGGCAGCGGUUGCGUACUGAAGCAGUUACACCUGAAUGUCACAGACCUGGGCCUGGGAUACCAGACCAAGGAGGAGUUGAUCUUCAAGUACUGCAGUGGUCCCUGCACUGACUCUGAGGCCAACUAUGACCGCAUCCUGAACAACCUGGCCCACAGCAAGAAGUUGGACCAAGACGCACCGGUGCGUGCGUGCUGUCGGCCCAUAGCCUUUGACGACGACCUCUCUUUCCUGGACGACAACUUGACGUACCACACUCUUAGAAGACAUUCUGCCAAGAAGUGUGCAUGCGUGUGACUUUCGGUAAGACAUGCAGAGAGACACAUAAUGGCUUCAGGCCCUGAAGAAUGGAUUCUUUCAGGAAAAUGUGGCUGCUUGAGUCCCCUUUUUAGGGCCCAAAGAAAGGACUAGUAGAUGACAGAGGCUUGCCCUGCCCUGAAGAGUUAUGCAUCUCCUGUUUCAGGAACUGAUGCUCUACCAUUGAAAACUGCCAACCCACUGGGUUUCAUGUCCAGUGCAGCUGGUCCAAAGGAGCGGUUCCAAGUCUCCAAAGUUUACAUCCAGCAUAUGGAAUUUGUGACACGAAAACAUGAAAGUUGCUCACGAGACUGCUCUCACUGACCAGAAAACUGACUGUCCAAAGCAUUUGUUCACAUUCCUAAACACAAAAAUCUAUGUGGAAAAAUAUUU